AUGGGUACCCAGAGGCUCGUGAAAAGGGACCGGGGCGUCUCUGACAAAGGAGGGGCCAUCUUGUGUGUUAAGGAGUUUGGGUUUGUGAACGGGAACGGUGAGGGACCUAUCUCAAUCUCCUUCUAUUUUUGUCAGAGUUGCCUUGGUUACCCCUUAAGCAUCUUCUUCAUCGUGGUCAACGAGUUCUGCGAGAGAUUUUCCUACUAUGGAAUGAGAGCCAUCCUGGUUCUGUAUUUCACACGCUUCCUCGGGUGGGAUGAUGAUCUGUCCACUGCCAUCUACCACACCUUUGUUGCUCUCUGCUACCUGAUGCCAAUUCUUGGAGCUCUGAUGGCCGACUCCUGGCUGGGAAAGUUCAAGACAAUUAUGUCGCUAUCCAUUGUGUACACGAUCGGUCAAGCCGUCAUCUCAGUGAGCUCAAUCAAUGACCUCACAGACCAUGACCACGAUGGGACCCCAAAUAGCAUCUCUGUGCAUGUGGCGUUGUCCAUGAUUGGUCUGGUCCUGAUAGCCCUUGGUACGGGAGGAAUAAAGCCGUGUGUGUCUGCAUUUGGUGGAGAUCAGUUUGAAAAGGGGCAGGAAAAACAAAGAAACAGAUUUUUUUCCAUCUUUUACUUGUCCAUCAAUGCUGGCAGUUUGCUUUCUACGAUCAUUACUCCCAUGCUCAGAGUUCAAGAGUGUGGAAUUCACAGUAAACAAGCUUGCUACCCGCUGGCGUUUGGGGUUCCUGCUGCUCUCAUGGCUGUGUCUCUGAUUGUGUUUGUCCUUGGCAGUGGAAUGUACAAGAAGUUCAAGCCGCAGGGCAACAUCAUGGCCAAGGUGGCCAAGUGCAUUGGUUUUGCCAUCAAAAACAGGUUUAGGCAUCGGAGUAAGGAAUUUCCAAAGAGGGAACACUGGCUGGACUGGGCUAAAGAGAAAUAUAAUGACCGGCUUAUCUCUCAAAUUAAGAUGGUUACCAGGGUGCUGUUCCUGUAUAUUCCACUCCCAAUGUUCUGGGCACUGUUCGAUCAGCAGGGCUCAAGGUGGACACUGCAGGCAACAACUAUGAAUGGAAAAAUCGGAGUUAUCGAAAUUCAACCAGAUCAGAUGCAGACUGUGAACGCCAUUUUGAUCGUUAUCAUGGUCCCCAUUGUGGAUGCUGUGGUGUAUCCUCUGAUUGCAAAAGCCGGUUUCAAUUUCACCCCGCUGAAGAAGAUGACAGUCGGAAUGUUCCUGGCUUCCACGGCCUUCAUAGCAGCUGCCAUUGUACAAGUGGAAAUUGAUAAAACUCUUCCAGUCUUCCCCAAAGGAAAUGAAAUCCAACUUAAGGUAAUGAAUAUAGGAAGUGAUGGCGUGAAUAUAUCAUUUUCUGGAGUGAUGGAGCCACUUGGCCCAGGGUCUCAAACAGAUGGAUUUAUGACUUUUGAUGUAGACAAACUGCCAAAUAUAAGCAUUUCUUCUAAUGGGCUACAAGACACUCCAGUAACUAAUACCUUUGAGCCGGGCCAGCGCCACACCCUUCUCAUCUGGGCCGCCAACCAGUACCGAGUGGUAAAGGAUGGCCUUAACCAGAAGCCAGCAAAAGGAGAAAAUGGAAUCAGAUUUGUCAAUACCUUUGCCGGGAACAUCACCAUCACGAUGGGUGAGAAAGUUUAUGAGAACAUCACCAGUCACAAUGCCAGCGAGUAUCAGUUUUUCACUUCUGGCAGACAAAGCUUCAAAAUAAACUCAACAGAGAUUUCACCAAGCUGUAAAAGUGAUUUUGAAUCUUCCAGCCUUGGAUUUGGCAGUGCGUACACAUACGUUAUAACAAGGCAGAGUGAUGGUUGCCCUGGAAAGGAGGAGUUUUUAGACAUCCCGGCCAACACACUCAGCAUGGCCCUGCAGAUCCCACAGUACUUCCUCAUCACCUGUGGGGAGGUGGUUUUCUCCAUCACCGGGCUGGAAUUCUCAUAUUCUCAGGCUCCUUCCAACAUGAAGUCGGUGCUUCAAGCGGGAUGGCUGUUGACAGUGGCGUUUGGCAACAUCAUUGUGCUAAUUGUGGCAGGGGCAGGCCACUUCAGUAAGCAGUGGGCUGAGUACAUUUUAUUUGCCGCAUUGCUUCUGGUUGUCUGCGUAAUAUUUGCCAUCAUGGCUCAAUUCUAUACAUACAUCAAUCCAGCCGAGAUUGAAGCCCAGUUUGAUGAGGAGGAAAAGAAGAACUUUGACAACAAUAACCUGCAUGACACGCUGGACUCCGUCUCACAGUCCAAGAUGUGA